AUGAAGCCUCGGGCACUGGCCUCGCCCGUCCUCGCGCUGCUGCGGCGCCUCAGCCCGCCGCCGCCACCGCCGCCGCCCGUGCAGUCAACGCUGUGGGGUCGCCUCGCUCCCGCCCUCCUCGCGGUGCUUGUGUGCUGGCUGCUCCCGGCGCUGCUGUACGUGCGCUUUGCGAGGGAGGGCACUGCCACCAGCGCAGGCGCCGGCUCCGCCGCGAGGGCCGGCGCCGGCCGGCACCGCGGCGUGCUGUACGGCUCGCUCUCCUCCUUCCUCUCCGUCACCGCGAUGGCCGUCAUGUUUCCGUUCAUGCAGGUCCGGCGCGACGCCCUCGGCUGUGACGCGCUGUGCCAGGGCGGGCAGACGUCGCUCCGCUCGGCGCUGACGCUGGUCGGCGCGGCGGUGAUUGGGCGCGCGUCGGACCGCGUCGGCCGCGUCCCGAUGCUCUGGGUCGGGACCGCCGCCUCCCUCGCUUCGAUCGUCAUUUCGCUGUCUAGUGACUCGCUGACGGGCAUGCUCGCCGUUGUCCCGGCCGCGCUGCUCAACCAGAACUUCUCGGUGUGCAAGGCGCUCUUCUCGGACUACAUCGACGAGGCGGGCGGCACCGACGCCGACAAGGCCGGCGCCGUCGGCAAGCUCGGCAUGGCGGUCGGCUUCUCCUUCAUGGCGCUCCUCCUCUCCGCGGCCAUCACCGCCGCCUCCUCCGUCUUCCUGCUGCUCCUCCCCACGCCCUCCAGGCUCUCCAGGCAGCAGCGCGGCGGCGGCGGCGGCGGCGGGUCGUCCUCCGCCGGCCUGACUGGCUCUCCUCCCUCCACCCGCUUCCUCUCGCUGCCCGUCCUCAAGCUCCGCGGCGCGCAGCUGCUGAUGCUGGUGCGGCUGAAGAUGGCGCUCGCCUUCCACAUGUUUGCGCCCGUCUGGCAAGUCUCGAUACGGGCGCGCUAUCUCCCCAUAUCUCCCCAUAUCUCCCCAUAUCUCCCCGUCUGGCAAGUCUCGAUACGGGCGCGCUAUCUCCCCAUAUCUCCCCAUAUCUCCCCAUAUCUCCCCGUCUGGCAAGUCUCGAUACGGGCGCGCUAUCUCCCCAUAUCUCCCCAUAUCUCCCCAUAUCUCCCCGUCUGGCAAGUCUCGAUACGGGCGCGCUAUCUAGGAUCCGCUAUCUAG